AUGCUCAAGUUUGUGGCAGCGGCCCGAAAUCGACCUGAGAAGAAGCAGAAAUUGGUAUUCUCACGCCUUAACUCGGACGCUACACAAGUGAAUGGUGUGUUGAGUAACGACCGAUUCACUGCGGUGGAUGUGUACCCCAAGUCUGCAUCGGACAAGGUAUUAUCAAGUCUGCACCCAAAGAGGACUGCUAGCGUCAACGCAGUAUCAGAGAACAAGCAAUGCAAAAUUGGUAAAACGAUGGUGUCAGCAAAGCGCAAGGGUGACAAAAAAAUCAAACACGCAUGGGAGGAAGAAUUACUCGCCGAUGAAGCCCGAAUAUCAAUUACACAUCGUGGAAUGGGAUUUGUCCGCGCAAAACAGCUCGAGAUUUCGCCGUACGAGAUCGACAAUGCAGCGUGUAAGUCGCUCUCCCAUUUGGUUCGCACACGCAACAUGAGAGUCGAAGAAGCAACACAAUUUAUCCGUGGCGAACACGACAAUGACAGAAGGCCGAACAAAGCUAUUGACCCAGAACGACUACAUCGCGUACUCAGAGGUUAUCCACCUCUCGAUGAACUAACUAAAAUUGCAGAGGUCGGCACCGAUGUAGAGUGGCGUCAAGGACCGAUGAAGAAUCGUCCACCUCCUAAGAAUCACGGUUCGUGUCGUCGUUAUUUGCGCGCGGUGACCAGGUCAAUUCGCGAAGGCCAAGACGCUGGUCAGUAUAUGGUUGUGGAGGCCGAAACCCUCGACCGAUGGUCUGAAAUUACCUGCAGUUCUUUAGGGGCUGUGGUAAAGAAGGGUGGAGAUCCGAACGAGGAAGUUUGCACUAUUCAUGACUUAUCAUUUCAGAAGAACGACUCGCGAGACACGGCUACGAAAACAGAAUUUUACUAG